GUUGGAUCUCGUCAGGUCUGUAAACUUCACACUCUUUGGCACUAAAAGUAUGACUGAAAAUCAGUGGACGCCUGAAAGGGCUGUUCCAGAGAGACUCCAGCAUCUUCUACAAGAAAAAACACCGGUCAACAGCAUGUUGGCCUUUGUGCAGAUUGUCCGUCUCUUGAAAACGCAGCCUAGAACAGGUUGGAUAGACAAGAAAAUCCCGCAGAUAAAUGCCGAAAGCAUCUCCGAUCAUAUGUACCGAAUGCUGAUUAUUGCUAUGGCACUUCCUCGGCUGAAAGUCGAUGUGGAUAAGUGCGUAAAGAUCGCCUUGGUGCAUGACAUUGCGGAGGCUCUAGUGGGCGACAUCACGCCGGCAGAAAACAUGCCCAAACAGGAAAAGCAUCGCCGUGAGCUUGCUGCUAUUGAAUACAUGGCUAAUUUGGUGUCCACUUACAACUCUGAAUUCGCAACCGAGAUGACCGAGUUGUGGUGGGACUACGAGGAAAUCCGCUGCUUAGAGGCGAGAUACGUGAAAGAUAUCGACAAGUAUGAGAUGAUCCAGCAGGCAUGGGACUAUGAACAAGAUUUUGGUCUUUCCCGGGACUUGAGCGAGUUCUACCUCGCCAGAUCGGGUAUUGUGACGGAAGAAAUCGGCGAUUUGUGCGACGAGGUUAUUCGACAAAGAACGGCGUUUGUGAAGACUCUAAAAGAAAAGAGCUGAGAUGAGCCACAUCUAGAUACUUUGUCUUCUACGCUUUUAUUGUACCCUGGGUUAUUAAACACUUUUGGCGAGAGGAUUUGUGAUACGACAUGGAACUAUCCACGCAUCAAUAGUUAAUGCAUAUUUAUUCAUUCUCAUCACGAGCACAAACACAUCUGGAAAGGAUAGCCCCGGAUCAGCUCAAUCUUAUGUACAACGCUCCUCUGUUCUCUGGCAGACGUGAACGGUUUUGAAACUGACCCGAUCAUUUAAGAAGUAUUUCUGAAAUGUUAUUUUCGGACACCUUUGUUUUCCGCCUGCGCAGCCCCAUCUGGUAUACCCA